GGCGGAAACUGGAACGCUGGCGCUCAGUCCUUCACUCCCCGCGGCAACUUCGACAAUUCACCGCAGAUGCCGCGUGGCUUCGAUCGCAACGCCUACGGUGCCCCUGGAGGCGGUUCAGGAGGCGGCUCAGGUGGUGCUCGUGCCAACAUGGGCGCAGGAGACGGACAGUGGAGGGAUGGCAAGCACGUUCCGGGUCCGGCCAACCAACGCGUCGAGCGUGAGCUUUUCGGUGCGCCUAACGACCCUUCCAAGCAAGCAACCGGAAUCAACUUCGAAAAGUAUGACGAUAUUCCCGUUGAGGCAUCUGGCCAGGGCGUGCCGGAACCUGUGACUACCUUUACGAACCCGCCUUUAGACGACCAUCUCCUCAGCAACAUCGAAUUGGCUGGUUACAAGGUCCCGACUCCCGUGCAGAAGUACUCUAUCCCUAUCGUCAUGGGUGGUCGCGACCUGAUGGCCUGCGCUCAGACCGGUUCAGGCAAGACUGGCGGUUUCCUCUUCCCGAUUCUCUCGCAAGCGUUCCAGAAUGGACCUAGCGCAAAUAUUCCGCAGCAAAGUGGCUUCGCUCGCCAGCGCAAAGCGUACCCGACCUCGCUCAUCCUUGCGCCGACUCGCGAACUGGUCUCUCAGAUCUAUGACGAGGCUCGCAAAUUCUCGUACCGCUCAUGGGUCCGGCCUUGCGUGGUUUACGGCGGCGCCGACAUCGGUUCGCAGCUUCGCCAAAUCGAGCGCGGCUGCGAUUUGCUCGUUGCCACUCCCGGCCGUCUUGUGGAUCUUAUCGAGCGAGGCAGGAUCUCACUUGCUAACAUCAAGUACCUAAUCCUGGACGAGGCUGAUCGCAUGCUUGACAUGGGUUUCGAGCCGCAGAUUCGUCGAAUCGUUGAGGGCGAGGAUAUGCCGCGUACCGACAGCCGCCAGACGCUCAUGUUUUCCGCCACCUUCCCUCGCGACAUCCAGUUGCUCGCUCGCGACUUCCUUCGAGAGUAUAUCUUCCUUUCGGUAGGGCGUGUUGGCUCAACUUCGGAGAACAUCACGCAAAAGAUCGAGUAUGUCGAAGAUAUCGACAAGCGUAGUGUGCUUCUGGAUAUCCUGCACACGCAUGGUGCAGGCCUUACCUUGAUCUUCGUCGAGACAAAGCGCAUGGCGGAUUCCCUUUCCGACUUCCUCAUCAACCAAAACUUUCCGGCCACUUCCAUCCACGGUGACCGCACCCAGCGCGAGCGUGAGCGCGCCUUGGAGAUGUUCCGUACAGGGCGCUGCCCCAUCUUGGUGGCUACUGCUGUUGCUGCUCGUGGUCUCGAUAUCCCCAACGUCAAGCAUGUCGUCAACUACGACCUACCCACAGAUAUUGACGACUACGUGCACCGUAUCGGUCGUACAGGUCGUGCCGGCAACACUGGUAUCUCCACCGCCUUCUUCAACCGUGGCAACCGCGGCGUGGUUAGGGACCUCAUCGACCUGCUCAAAGAGGCAAACCAGGAGGUGCCAGGCUUCCUCGAGACCAUCGCUCGCGAGAGUUCUGGCUUCGGCGGUGGCAGCAGUCGUGGCGGUCGCUCAGGCGGCCGUGGCCGCGGCUCUGCAGCCAUGAAGGACGUGCGUUCCUAUGGCGGCGGGCAGCGCCCAGCCUACGCAGGCGGAAUGGGCAUGGGCAUGGGCGGCGGCAUGAAUGGCGGCUACGGUGCUCCAAGUGGCGGCUACGGAGGCGGUCCUGCGUACGGUGGCGGCUCGUACGGCAACCCCAGUGGGCCAGGCGCCAACAGCUGGUGGUAA